AUCAAGAUCAAGCUUUCAUCCAAACAGCAACACAUCAGUCUCUGUCGGGGAACCAUGAAGACGCUGCCGACUCUCAUACUUCUGGCUCUGAUCUGCUUCCUGCAUCACAGCUCUGCAAGUCUGUUUGGUCCAGGUGAUGUCUCUGCUGAACCAUGCUGUCCAGGCUUCACUAAAAGGUUAAUUCCCAAGCCGAAGGUGAAACAUGUGGCGAAGACUUCGAAUAGCUGUAAAAUCACAGCGAUUGUAGUCACAACUGUGUGUGGUAAGGAGUCUUGUCUCGAUCCCGAAUGGCCACAGGCGAAGAAACUGUUGGCAGAGUUUGAGAAGGCAACUGCUAACAACAAGUUACCUUCUGCCCCUUUCAACAUAUCCAAGUGUGACAAACAAAAGAAACAGCAGUAAUCCAGUGGGUGAAUGCUGGUCCUUUGUUCACCGUAAUUACGUGUAAAUUAUGUAUUUUAUUGGCUGUUAUAACUGAUAAUCAAUGAUGAUUACACAGAAAAGUAUCUUUGUAUGUUAAAGUUGUCUUUAACUGACAUUUUCACUUUGAAUUAUUCAUAUCAGAGUUUGGUGUAAGAUUUCUAUAAAAUAAUAAAUAGUACUACUGUUUAUAUUGCUGAUUUUUAAUUGUCAAUGGUAAAUGGAAAUUGUAUGUUUAUUAUUACUACGAGUUACUGCCCCUCUGUUUUUUUAAUUUUGGAGCUCUAUAUAUUUCUAUGCAUUGAGACAGAAGGUAAAGGCUAUUUAAUCAAUAAUUUAAUGUACAUUAUACUAUUUAAAAAGAACCGCUACACCCUCCAUGACAAUACACAUCUUUCCGCACAAAUAUGUUUGUACAUUUUGAAAUGUCCAUAAUUAUAUAAAUGUCGAUGUAAACUUCUUUGUUGAUUUCCAAGAAUAAAACCUGUUGAGA